AAUAUGUGCCACUGAGACUUUUGAUUUCAAAGUAAUAAAUGCAUAAUCCUGGUUGUGUAUAUCAAACGCAUAGAUAGAUAGAUAGAUAGAUAGAUAGAUAGAUAGAUAGAUAGAUAGAUAUUGUUGUAUGUUAAUCUAAUGGUCAAUAGGGGGCGUCUAUAUUGAGGUUUGAGGAAAAGCACCUUACAAAAUGUUUCCUGAUGGAGAGAAAACGGAGGAGAUGCUGCUGCUGAACGCUUCCGUUUCUCCGGUGUUUUCCUGGAUUCUCGCGGCUCUGGGAUAGUUUCACAAAUGCAGGGCCGAUUUUACUCUCGAAAGCACACGAAAGACUCGAAACCUGAGGCUGGGGUGGUGGAUGCGAGCUGAUGUCGACAUCGCAUUCCCUCGAAUAUUCGCUUGUGUUUGUUUUCAUUUUGAUUUUGAGCGCUCGUGAUGCUGGAUGCUGUUUAUAGUAAAGAACGGGAAUAAAACACGGAAAGACGUGCCCCGUGUCCUGCUUUAAUCGACCGCUUCUCCAUCACUUUAGCAUGGACAGAUUAGAGGAACUUGUGAACCAGUGGGUUUGGCGGCAGGAUUUCUGGCUUCCUCCUGGCGUUACGUGGAAAGACAUCGCUGAAGGGUCGGCGGACGGAAGUCAUUAUCCCGUACCCCGCGACCUGCUCAUCUCGCUGCCCUUGGCCUUGGGUUUCAUCGCACUGCGGUUUGUUUUCGAAAGGGUUGUGGCGCUGCCGCUCAGCUGGCGGUUGGGCGUCCGGGACAGGGUUCGUCUGCGGGUCACACCCGUCCCGAAGCUGGAGGCGUUUUACCUGCAGAAGAAGCAGCAGCCGUCUCCGAAUGAUUUGCUGGUUCUGGAGAAGCACUGUGGACUCUCUCAGCACCAGAUCCAGACCUGGCUGCGUCACCGCCGAAACCAGGACCGACCCGGCAACACUAGGAAGUUCUGUGAGGCCUCGUGGAGGUUUGUGUUUUAUCUCAUGGCCUUCUCAGCUGCUCUCGUCUCACUCAUUCAUACUCCGUGGUUUUGGGAUCAUCGGGAAUGCUGGCGCGGAUACCCAAGACAGGCCGUAGCAGGAGCUCAGUACUGGUAUUACAUCGUGGAGUUGGCCUUCUACCUCUCGCUUCUGCUCUGCGUAUCGGUGGACAUAAAGCGCAAAGACUUCAAAGAGCAAAUCAUUCACCACAUCGCCACCAUUCUCCUCAUGGCUUUCUCGUACUGCGCGAACUACGUGCGCGUGGGGACCCUGGUGAUGCUCGUCCACGACUCUGCUGACUUCCUGUUGGAGUCUGCCAAGAUGUUCAAUUAUGCUGGAUGGAGAAAGACCUGCGAUGCCUUGUUUGUCGUUUUCGCCGCUGUAUUCCUGGUAACUCGCCUCGUGGUUUUUCCAUACAGAAUCGUCUACACAGCUGUGGUGGAUUCGUUGGACGUCUUUCCUCCGUACCCUGGUUAUUAUUUCUUAAAUGGCCUGUUGCUGGUUCUGCAGGCCUUGCACAUCUUCUGGGCUUGGUUGAUUCUUCGAAUGGUUCACAAAUUUGUCUUUUUAGGCAAAGUGGAACGCGAUGAACGGAGUGAUGAAGAGAGUGAAGCUGAUGAAGAAGGUGGAGAAGAAGAACACAACUGGGAGCAGAAAAAGGGUGCUCUUAACUCAAAAUUGGCAUCGUUGGCCAAUAACUGUGUUCUGAACAAUUUAACGAAUCAGAGGCGAAAAAUGAAUAGUAGAACUCCGAAAGCCAGAUAGUAAUACUACUUUAAGUAUUUAAACGUGUUAAAUCAUCUCCAACUUUCUUGGCUUACCUUGUUUGUCAAGGUCCUACUGUUAUUUCAGACCGCUGAUGUUUUGGUUGCGUGAAAACAUAAUGCGUAGUCAGUAGAUUGCGUAAAACAAAAAAUACUGUAUUAUUUGUAUUAUUACAUUACCAUUGGAGUAUAUCUUAAAUAAGUUAAACUUUAAUUUGUUUAAAGUUAGUCUAAUUAAUUAUAGUGCAUUGGUUGAGUAGCACUUUAACUCUAAAUAAAUUAACGUACAUAAAAAUUGUUCAUAAACGGACAUUUUAAGUAUUAAUUGUUGAAGUGUUGUUUAAGUUAGUUUACUAAUUUGCUGCAAAUGUUCAUUAUAUAUAUUCAUUACACAGUGGUGUGUUAACAUAAUAUGUCAGCAAUCCUGAAUAGAGAGACCCACAUCAUUUACAUGCAUUCUUUUUAAAUCUUAUGUAGAAAAAAAAGAAUAGAUAGUUGUGUGGAAUUUAUGAAUUUUCUGCAGUGGCUAUUGGUUUCAAAAUGGGCAUUGGUGGACCUUUAGGAAAAACUUACGGCGCCAUCUAGUGGUGAAAUGUCCACUUGUCUUUGGGAUUCUGCUAAUGAAAGAUUUUGUUGUAAGGAAAUACUAAAGCUUGUUGUGUUUUAUAAGAUUUUUGUUGCGCAUUGCCUUACCAAAUGAGGAAUCAGAUGAUUUCUUACCGGAGCAUGUGCCUCGAAAUCUUUAAAGUCAAAGGGGGUAGUUGAAUUUGAGGGUGCCUGUGUAGGCCCCUUGAUUUCUUGAAUAUUAAAUCUGCUUCAAGGGCUGAAGGCAGAGUUUUUUUUUUUGUUAUAGAUGAAGCUGGAAAGUUAAUUUGCACAGUAGCCAUAACUGACCUUUCAUUUAAAAGUUAUGUGUCUGUCUUACAUUGUUUAACUUGUGAAAGACCUGUGAUUGUUUUUGUAUGGAUUUUCCUCUUUUUAUUGGGAUUUACCAUGAUCUGAGUUUAUUAAUGCAACAUUUUGUAGUUGUUAUAUACCUUGUAACAAUGACAGAAGAGGAAUAUAUUCUUGUAAUCUUCAAUACUGGUAAUGUUGCAUACAUGCUUCUCGUCUGCUAUUUUUCUCUGUGACCUUUUGAAUAACAAUAAAAAUGUUUUAGAAUAUGAUUAUCCUCAA